AUGGAUGGCGCGCAAACACAACCGCGCAAAAGAGCCACUAGCCAGGCAAAAUCGACUAGACUUUGGAAGCGGACGUCUUCGAUGUCUGAUCUCAACAUCAAGGAGGAGAGCAAUAAGUCCAUAAUGGACGCUUCAGACUACCAGUCUGAACCAGACUCCAACAGUGCAGGGGGAGAGGCAACCACCUUCACUUACAGCACAUUCCCUGCUACAGUUUCCGGGGCCCAGGUAAGUGUGUCGGGCUCUGGCGACGAUGCAAAAAAUUUGGAUCCUCUGGGUUUACCCCUGUUUGAUCCAGAGGAAUUAAGACAUCUGCGUUCAGUGGAGUGCUGCCCUUCUGAACAUGUGGCAAGAUACAUCGCCUCUAGAGUUGGUAAGCCCUUGGACAAGGCCACACGGAACAGAAUGUAGAUCCAAAAAGUGUCCAGUUUUUGGUGAAUACUAGAUGGAAACCCAAAAAAGGGUUUGGAUUUUCAUUGACCCACAGUCAGGAUAAGGUCCAAGACAUUUUAGGCCCUGCUGCAAAUUUUUUUAAUCAGGAUGAAGACGACCAGGAUUUGGAUCAAGACACCAUCCAUGGCUGGAUCCAACGGAUUAUCUGCCUGGUUGGCAAUGUAAAUACUGCGCUGGCUUCUGAGCGCCUAAAGUCCAUCUUGCUGGAAAUUGAACCUAAGCUGGUCAAUUUAACUCUUAAUGAGCCAGGUGCCCAGGCCAAAUGGUUACUUUUCGGUGACUCUUUUGUUAAAGAGUUUUGGUCAUUUAUACAGAUGUUUUUCGGCUUUGGAUAA